GCAUUUCUUGAAACAGGAAAAAAGCUGUCCUCAGAACAGUCCAGCUGGGUGGCCAUUUUGUUGUAGCCCAAAAUGAAAGGGAGGAGCUCCAGCAGUGUCAGAAUCCUCCUGGUGGGGAUGUGAUAGUGGAGUGUGUGUUCCCCAGUGAGGAGGAGGUCCUUGGAACCUUGGACGGUGAGCUCCGCUGGGGCAGAUGCCGCUGGAAGCGCAUUCUCAGACAAUACGAAUAUGGGUGAAGAUUAGAAUGCAGCUGUUCGGACGAAGAAAGGGGGUCUGGGGAUCGAACGCUCCCAUAGGGUCCGUAGAUCAUUUAGCACAUCAUGUGAUCAGUGCGAAAAUCUUCCCCAACACGGACAGACAGAGAAGUCUUUAGAAAAACUCAAGGAUUUCCAUAAGGACAUCACUAUGGAGAAUCUUCAGUCUGAUAUAUCAUCAGAUGGGUCCAGUGGCAGAAGUACACCAGAGAGCUGUCCCCGUCCUCUGUAUUCUCCGGAUUCCUCAGAGGAAGAUGUUCACAUCCUAGAAGAUAAUCUGGUAGAUGAGCAGGAUGAAAAUCUGGUUUAUGUCAAAGUUGAGGUUAAAGAGGAAUCGGAUGAGGCAGAUGGGGGGAGUGAUAAGGUGGAGGAAAUGCCUGUAGAGAUCGGCACGGAUGGACGAUACAGAAAGUGCAAUAUGGAGAAACAUCACAUUAUCACUCCAGAUGGUGAAACAGAAGAUGACGAGAUCCUAGAAGAGUAUGCAGGGGGAAAUCCCAUUACGCCAAACCACUCUGCAGAGAAGCCAUAUUCAUGCGACAAAUGCAGAAAGCGUUUCACUCAAAAAUCUUUUCUUCAGAGACAUCAGAAAUGGCACAGCGGUGAUAAGCCCCAUUCCUGCCCUGUGUGUGGGAAAUGCUUUACACAAAAAUCUGACGUUAUCAGGCAUCAGAGGACUCACACGGGAGAGAAGCCAUACCCUUGUUUCAAGUGCGGAAAAUGUUUUUCUCAAAAGUCAUUUCUCAUAAGACAUGAAAAAGUUCACACAGGGGAGAAGCCGUAUGUCUGUUCUGAAUGUGGGAAGUGUUUUACGGAAAAGUCAACUCUGGUCAUCCAUGAAAGAAGCCACACCGCAGAGAAGCCGUUUUCCUGCUCCGAGUGUGGUGAAUGUUUCCCUAGGAAAGACAGCCUUUUGACACACCAGAGAUCUCACACAGGCGAGAAGCCCUUUUCAUGCUCUGUGUGCGGGAAAUGUGUCUCUUCGAAAUCGCAGCUCAUUAGGCACCACAGAAUUCACACGGGGGAGAAACCCUUUUCUUGUCCAAUCUGCGGGAAAUGUUUCACCCACAAGUCAAACCUUGUUUAUCAUGAGAGGACUCACACGGCUGAGAAGCCACACUCAUGUCAGGAAUGUGGAAAAUGUUUUACCCAGAUAGGGAACCUUAUUUCGCACCAGAGGUCCCAUUCGGGAGAGAAGCCAUUUUUCUGCGCCGAGUGUGGCGAAUGUUUUUCCCGUAAGUCAUCCCUUAGCAGGCAUAGAAAAGUUCACACGGGGGAGAAGCCCUAUACGUGUCUCGAGUGUGGGAAAUGUUUCGCCGAAAGGUCACACCUGGUCACACAUGAAAGAAUUCACACCGGUGAUCGGCCAUUUUCGUGUUCCCAUUGCGGGAAAAGCUUUACGGAUAAGUCAGAUCUGGUUAAACACAUUAAACGCGUUCAUGUUCUGGCCAUGGAAAAUGGGUCUCGGCAGGAUCCUUCCGUAGCUGAUAUCUAAGGUCUCACAGAAGACAAGAGGUCCUUGGGUCGUGACGGGACAGCUCACUUUCAGAUGGAUGGUUUACAUUUGAAAUCCCUAUAAACAAAACAUGUUCUUUAAGAUUACUACACCAUUUAUAAAAAAAUUGUACCAAAUUUUAUUGCAUCAUAGAAAUGUUCAACAUCAAUAAUGCGCAUAAGACUUUCCAGAGUUACAUUACACAUGAUUUGUACAUAACAUAGCAGAUGUACAUGAAUAGCCGGAUUCAGGUAUACUUACGACAGGGUAUCAGUAGCGUAAGUCCGAAUCCGCGCCGUCGUAUCUUUAAGCGUAUUCUCAAAC